AUGUUGGGACGCGGCAACCAGUUCGCGGCAAGGGGCGAGGGCGGCGUCAAGGCCCCUCUUGCGCCCCUCGGCAGCGGGGUAAAGCAAAGGGUAGGCCAAGACCUGCGGGGCGUUCACGACAAGGCGUCGCAGUUGCUCCCAGUGAUCCCUGCAGCUGCGCAGCAACAACGCACAUUGAAGUCCUCAGAGGGGUCCAAAAAUCCCUUGGCGCUGCUAGCCUCGGAGAGCCGGGCAACCGCAGCUCGCACCAGCUUGCAAGAACAGUGGCGUAGUGCUUUGCUGGAGUACGAGGUUGCCCUGAAGGAACUGGUGACAAACAGCACUGACAAGCCUCCCUCGGACUCGCGACUAGUGAGGACGUUUCAAUUGUACGAUGCGGUGAGCCGUGUCGUUGCGGAGCAGUCUUUGGAGCUGGCGGAUGUACUGAAAAUGUUCCGCGUCGAGUUCUGCCGCGCCACGCUGACAAAGCAGGGCCUUAACACCUUCCUCCCCUACCAGGACAGCGAAGCCGUGGAUGACGAGCUGGAGGAGCUUGGGCGGACGUACUUUGAUCAGGUCGACGUGCUCCUCCGGGAAAACGCGGCACUUCGCAUGGAGGUGAGUCUCGGCAACACGCGGGACAACUUGGCCCAGAUGAAGGCGCAGAUUGAGCGGCUGACAGAGGUGAGCUCCUACCACGCAAAUGAGGUGAACCGGCUGGAGCGGGAAAACGGGCGCUUGGCAGAGAGCUACCGCAAGGCCCAGGAAGACCUCGACAUGGAGAGGAAAAAUAACCGCGCCCUGCUCGACAGGUUUGACGAUGAAAAACGGAGGCUGUUGCAGGAGAACAAAGACAUGCAACUGCGUCUCUGUCGUCUACGCAAGUACCUCAGUGAUCGAGAGUCUACAGUCGUCAGGGAUAGUUACAGGAACUUCAAGGAGAAGAAAAUGGUUGUCAUGGCACGCCUGUUUGACGAGGGGGACGAGCGGGUGUCUAUUUUGGUGAUUCUGAGUCAGCUGGAAAGUCGUGUCAACGAGGAGCUCGACAGCUACGACAGGGAGUCGUUGCUGUGCGAGGAAUCUGCUCUGCCGGAGCAUCAGCGGCGAAUGUUAAAUGUGGUCUCCGUACUGUUGGAAGAAAUGCACCUGUGUGAGGAACGCUACCUGCGUAUGGUGCCACACGCCCAUUCGCUUGUUGCGGAGGAGCGCGACGAGACGGACAGCUACAUCACACUCCUGGGAGACGAACGUCUCUACGAGGCGCUUGUGGCAAGGGCCGCGGUGCGGGAAAGGCAGAGUGUCAUAUUGGCAGAGUCAGAGACAGUGGCGGAGGGGGAGUUGGGGCAAGCAAUGGGGACACCCACUAACGUUGAGACCAUGCACGACAUGAGUGGCGUUACCGCGGAUGACUUGAGUUUGCCCCAGGUGCGGCCAGAGCCACAGGAACCCGCGCUGCGGAGGUCCCUCUCACAGGAGGUGGAGUCCAUCUUGCGGCAGAUGGAAUCGGAAAAGGAAGUCGUGAAAGAAGGGCAAGCGAAGGAAGCCGGGGCAGAGGCAGAGGCAGAGGCAGGAGUGGCCGCAGCGACACAAGCAGAGGGGCAAGAGGAUGCCAUGCAGCUUGCCGUGCCAUCAGGGGUGAAGCCACGAGAGGCGACUGCCGAAUCGCUUUCGAUUGUCAGGAAGAAGCAGGAAGAAUGGGUUUCCAAUAUUUUUGGCACGGCAGUGGAGGCCGCUGACCUCUUGAAGCGUGUGAUAAAGAACAGUCCAUGUGAGGGAAAUCAGACUGAUCAGGAGCGACUCAUGCAUGACUUUAUAUCAAAACCCAUGUUGGACAUCAGUAGCAAUAAGUUUCAGUGUGGCAUAGACAUCUUUACAGGUCCAGGUCCCCUGACCCAGGCUUUUCUCUGCUCCGUCAAGCACGUGGACCCCGUCGAUCCACUGCAAGUUCCACAGGGCACCAAUUUUAUGCAUCUGAAGUACCGCAAUCCAUUGCGGGUAGAAGCGGUGUACGAGGAUCCAGAGGCAGCGGCGGCAAUUGUGCCAAACUCGGACGCCAUCGAAGAAUGGGGAGGAAAGACGUCGUACGUGCGUGAGCCAGUGGAGCCGGAAGUUCCUGUGUUAAACACUGGGUCGCAAAUAUUCAUUGAACUGAGGCGUCCGAGUAUGUUGAAGGCGGCAGCCGCGGGAGUCACUGUGGCGUCCUCCUCCACGCCGGCAACAGCGGUUUUUGAGCGGCUGAAUCCCCUUUCUCCCAAUCGAUCCCCCGAGUGGCUGCUCUACCAGAAUAUGUUUGGGGGUUACCGUCCCUUGACACCACGACUCAUCGACAUGUCUUAUAUAGAUCACAUUCUGCUGAACUCCUGUGAGCGUCACUUUGAGCGCUCGGAGGAGCGCUACUUGCGUUGCCUCAAACAGGCCCGUGGGCGAGCAACAAAUAGUCAGAUGGCGUUGAACCUGACGGAGCGUCUAUUCAAGGACACGUACGCGUUGACGGAUUUUCAGGAGUCUAUCAUUCGAGAAUUAGAAUCCCGCUACUGCUACCCGGAGCUUGUAGCAAAGUCGCUCUAUGAGAUGCUAUGCUAUCUUGACGCCACAAAGGCUCUACAGCCGUUGGUCGACUUGUACCUCAGCUGCAUUCGGGGCUUUGAGUCGCCCUCCCGCAUUCACUAUAUCACCUAUGUACUUCACCAGAUAAGUGUGAAUUGGCCGUCAUCAAACCCAGAGGACCCCGUUUUGAAGGAGGAUGUUCUCACCUUGCUGGAGCACAUUUACAAGGGUGCGUCUGGUGUAACCAGCAUGGACGCUAGUGAAAUCCUUACGGAGUAUCAGAUGGCAACGCGCUCCGCCCCCAUCACCCUGGUGUCGCUGCGCAGUUACCUGGUAACCGCCAUGUUGCACUUUGAGGAUCCACUACUGCUGUAUUUUAACGGGCUGCUUAGCUACAAGGCGACCUCCAGCGCCGUGGUCGAGAUGAACUACGAACAGUUUGAGGGCGCGCUUAAGGCAAAGUGGGAGGAGAAGGUCGAGGGAAAGUUGCUCAUUCGAUACCUCGCCGCCUCGUGUGGGUUCAACAAGAAGGCGGAGCUGACAACAAAAGAGUUGGCAUGUGUUGCGACAAGCAUGUGGAGCUCACAACUGUGGAUGAAUAUGUAA